AUGGAUGCUAGUCAAAAUGUCGAUCAAUUAUUGGCAAGUUCGCUAGGUGGCACAAUAGUUGACAACGCAGAAAUACAAGCAUAUAUUCUUUCAGUGGGUACUGUUAAGAGAGACGCGAUAGGUGUGUCGAAAUCCAUUCAAAGUCAACUGGUGCACAAACGUCUACUUGAUAAAAUCAUUAAAGUUAUCGAUGGCAUCGAUUAUUUCUCGAUUCUAGUUGACCAUCAUAUUGAACAUGAAAUUUUGUUACGUGAUGGUAUUUCUCAUACACAACAAUGGGGUUCAAUACAUCAUUUUUAUGUGAAAGUCAUAGGUACGAAAAGCAUUGCCUACGGUGCAGCUGCUCUUCUUGGUACAAUACUUAACGAAGAUGCUAUCGGAAUUUAUCACCCUCUUACUAACGAUGAUCGUUUAAUACUCGAUUCGAAACAUGGUCAGCCGUUACCAGAUAAUUUUCAUAAGUAUUUCACGAUUUAUUCUACUAGUCCUAUUUUGUAUAAUACAACUUUGAAGAUAAUCGAAAUUGUUUGUAAACGUUUUCCAACAUUAUCUGGACAGCUGGAUACAUUGGGACAGUCAAUCGAAUUUCAUGAUUUCGACGUAUCAUUCAAAGGUACAAGCGCACAAAUCGAAGAGACCUUAAAAGAAAAUUUUGAACAAUUAUUUCAAGUUAAAACACAUUUCUCAAAGAGUACUCUAUUGAUAAGAAACGACUAUCAGGAAGCACUUAACGCAUCAGGUUUCAAAAUCAAUCAAUUGUUGAUUGUACGAUAA